AUAAAUAUAUCCAAAUUUUAGAAACAAUAUUUAGAUGAGUUAAACAUAAAGAAAAAAAAAAUAAAUUAUGAACGUUAAUUACAUUCAAAGAAUAUAUAAAUAAUAUCGUAGAAGAACGUGCUAUAAUAGAUUUUUAAAGAAGAAAAUAAAUUUAUCUCCCCAAAUAAAACAAAAGGCAACGCCCGAGGAUUGUGAAGCUUCAUCAAUUUUCAAUAGAGAAAUGAAAAAUAUAUAAUUGCUAAAUUUUUCUCUAAAUUUCCAUUUCUACAUAUUUAAAUAUAGAAGAAUAAAAAAAACUAUGACGUCAACAAAAGGAUGUAACGAAAGUUUACAAUAUACGAUUCUUAGGGAAAAUUAUUUUUCAAAAAUAAAAUUAAACAAUGUAUUAACAUGAAAAUUAUUUCUAACGAUAUAAAGGAAUAAAAAAAUGAGGAUAAAAAUUGUCACUAUUGGAAAAGAAUCGAAAUGAUCGUUUCAUUAUAUUUAGGAUUAUUCAUCGUUUUAUGGACUUUUGUAAAUGCAAAUUUAAGUUCACGAAUUGUUAAAACAAACAAUGGAGAAUUAUCGGGUGUUAUUAUUUCACUUGGACGUAAUAUGGAAAGUGUUGAAGUGUUUCGCGGUGUUCCCUAUGCAUCGCCUCCCGUUGGUUCACUUCGAUUUAUGCCACCUGUCAGCGGUGCAAUUUGGCAAGGCGUUAAAGUUGCCGAGGAAUUUGGACCAGUUUGCCCACAAAAAUUACCAUCAUUAACGGAUAAAAUUCCAAAAGGAAGACUCGAUUAUCUUCGACGUAUUCUUCCCUAUUUGAAAAAUCAGAGCGAAGAUUGUCUUUAUCUAAAUAUUUACGCUCCAGUGCAAGCUGGUUCGAGAGAUAUUGCUAGCAAAAGAUAUCCAGUAAUUGUAUUUAUUCAUGGAGAGAGCUACGAAUGGAGCAGUGGUAAUCCUUAUGAUGGAAGUGUAUUAGCCAGCUAUGGAGGUGUAGUUGUUGUCACAAUAAACUACAGAUUAGGAGUUUUAGGAUUUUUAAAUGUCAAUAUGGGUUCAAACUUACGUUCACCAGCAAAUUAUGGUCUCAUGGAUCAAAUUGCUGCCUUACAUUGGGUUCACGAGAAUAUUGUUUAUUUCGGUGGCGAUCCAGGGAAUGUCACAUUAGUUGGUCAUGGAACCGGAGCAGCAUGCGUUAAUUUCCUUAUGACCAGUCACGCUGUUCCUGAAGGUUUAUUGUUCCAUCGAAGUGUAUUAAUGUCAGGAAGUGCAUUAUCUCCAUGGGCACUAAUAAGAGGAGCUGAUAAAUACGCUACACAUCUUUCUAAACAUUUAAACUGCUCUGAGACUGGUUCAGAUUCUCCAACACUGCUUCAGUGCUUGAGAAACGUUCCCUUGGACACUUUACUCUCCGUUCCAAUACAAGAAUUAAAAUUUGCACCUGCAUUUGGACCCAGUAUAGAUGGAGUCGUGAUAACCCCAGGCGAUUCAGAUGAUCAAUCUUGGGACUCAGAAAUCGAUACAAUAAAUACUUUAUACAAUAUUUUAUUUAGAAAAGACGUAGUCACUAAACUUUCCAGAUAUGAUCUAAUGGUUGGUGUCGUCAGAACUGAGGCAUAUUUGUCACUGACUGCUGAUGACGCUCAAUAUGGAAUUGAGGCAGAUAGAAGAAUUAAAAUGCUACGUGAAUUUGUUCAUAAUACAUACACCUAUCAUCAAACAGAAAUUUUAGCGACUAUUAUCAACGAAUACACCGAUUGGGAAAAGCCAGUUCAACAUCCCGUUAAUAUUAGGGAUGAAACAUUGGAAGCUUUAGGCGAUGCCAAUGUUGUAGCGCCAACAACAAAAACGGCCGAUUUACAUAGUCAAACACAUAGGAAUUCAUAUCUUUACGUUUUCGAUUAUCAAACAAAAUUUGGCGACUAUCCCCAGAGACAAGGUUGUAUUCACGGUGAAGAAUUGCCGUACUUUUUUGGAGCUCCAUUAAUUGGCGGACUUGCACAUUGGCCGAAAAAUUACACUCGAGCCGAGGUUGCGCUUUCGGAAAGCGUAAUUUUGUACUUAACGAACUUUGCACGAACUGGAAAUCCUAAUGAGGGUACAGUUGAUUAUGGACCACAAAACUCACGACCAGAACGCACAAAAUUGAAAAAUAUUGACUGGACCGCUUAUGAAGCAGUGCACAAAAAAUAUCUCAGUAUAGAUUUAAAGUCGAAACUUAAAAAUCAUUAUCGCGCACAUCGAUUGUCAUUUUGGUUGAAUUUAGUGCCCGAUCUUCACAAACCGGGCACGGAUGAUGUACCAAAAUCUCACCAUUUAUUAAAUAUGGACCAGAUACCACCGAAGAUUGUUCAAAAAAUACCGAUAAUAUUAACAUCGCCAAGUUUAGAAUUAACAUCGGAGAAACAUGAGAAUUUAUCUUCCGCAAUACCAAGUGAAUUGGCAUUCGGUGAAUCGACAACACAACCAGAAGAUGGAUUCGCGGCAUAUUCAACUGCCUUAAGUGUAACAAUAGCAAUUGGCUGUAGUUUAUUAAUUUUAAACGUCCUCAUAUUUGCCGGCGUUUAUUAUCAACGCGAUAAGCACACCUAUCACAAUGAGGAGAAGAAAUUCCAAGAAAAUGGCCAAAUGCCAAAUAAUAUUUGCGGUGAACUCGAGGCAAAAGUACAGUCCGAUCGUAAUUAUGUGAAACACAUGUCACUACCAGAAUUGACAAAUAUGCAAAAUAAUUCAUGUCACGUUCCAAUACCACCGCCGCCACCUAAAAAUAUUAAACCAAACAAAUCGAUUAAAAAUUUAAUCAUUAGUCCCAAUCAUUUACAGCAGGAGAACGUGAUAAUGGCUACCUCAACUGCAAGAAAAAAGGAUGCCCACACUUAUCAACAGAUAAUGGAGGAAUUAAGAGUUUGAUUUCUAAAGAAAAUAUAUAUUCUUUCUUUUUCUUGUCUACUUUCAUUAUUUAAAGUUAUUGCGACGAAUCUCAUAAAAAACAUUAAGACAUUUUCUAUUUUGUGACAGUAUUUGAUAAACGUUACUAUAUAAAUAUAUAUGUUUUUAAUAAUAUAGUUGAGUUUAAUUUUACAUAACUCAAUAUUAUAAGAUAAACAAUGUGAUUAAGAGCCAGAGCUCUGCGUCCUCGGGUAAUUGCAUUUCCAAUAAUAUUACAUUUUAUAUAGAAGUGUGAAUAAAAGAAAAUUGUGUAGCGAUCUAUGCAAAUAAAAAUUUGGAAGACAAAAA